AUGCGCCUCGCCUACUCGCGCGAGGUGGGGGACGGUGCGGUGGCCAGUUGGGCUGGGCCAGAGCGGCAGCAGGCCAGGCCAGCAAGUGGCCCAGGUAAGUCCAGAAGAGCGGAUCCAAUACACAUAAGGCAUCAGUUGCUCUUAACAACGAUGGCUAUUGAUUUAAGUCUUCGGGUAACACCACCAGGUCUUCAACAAGGUGGAAAUUCUUGUACUUCAUAUGUACAUGUUCCCGCGGCUCGGAUGAGUGUAGUUAUUUCUAUCGUGAUAGCUAUAAACUGUUCCUUGUUCCCAUUAACAAAACAUCCCCUUUUUCUUCGCUCUUUCGGAACCGAUAAAGAAAUUGGUGCUUUUUCUACUUUGUUUACGUUAGUGACUGGGGGGGGGGGUUCGGGAAGGCCUAUGUGGGUUACCUUUCGGGUGUGCGAUGCUCGUUUAACUUUUGUAUUCAUCUAUUUCCUUAUUUACCUGGGUGCACUGCCUUUUCGAAAGCUUCCUGUCGAAUCGGCUCCUAUUUCAAUUCGUGCUGGACCGAUCGAUAUACCAAUAAUAAAGUCUCCAGUCAACUGGUGGAAUACAUCGCAUCAACGUGGGAGCAUAAGCCGAUCUGGUACAUCAAUACAUGUUCCUAUGCCCAUUCCAAUCUUGUCUAACUUUGCUAAAUUCCCCUUCUCUUCCCGUAUCUUGUUCGUUCUGGAAACACGUCUUCCUAUUCCAUCUUUUCCUGAAUCUCCCUUAAUGGAAGAAAUAGAAGCUCGAGAAGGAAUCACACUAAAAACCUAGUUCGCUCUCAAAUAAAAACCUAGUUCACUCGCUAAAGCAUCCAUGGCUGAAUGGUGAAAGCGCCCACCAAGCUAGAAAGGCAAAAUGGGUCAAAAAGUAGGUUCGAUUCCUGCCGGAUGCACUUC